AUGUCCACUCGCUACCACCAAGCUGCUAGUGAUAGCUACCUGGAGCUUCUGAAAGAGGCCACCAGGAGAGAUCUGAACCUUUCUGACGAGGAUGGCAUGACUCCCACACUCCUGGCUGCCUACCAUGGGAACCUGGAAGCCCUGGAAAUAAUCUGCAGCAGAGGAGGGGACCCCAAUAGAUGUGACAUCUGGGGAAACACUCCUCUACAUUAUGCAGCCUCCAACGGUCAUGCUCACUGCAUCUCAUUCCUGAUCAACUUUGGUGCCAACAUCUUUGCCUUGGACAAUGACUACCAGUCUCCACUCGAUGCUGCUGCCAGCAGAGAGCAAAAGGAAUGUGUUGCUCUCCUGGAUAAGGCAGCCACUGCCCAGAACAUCAUGAACUCCAAGAAGGUCACUAGGCUGAAGGAGCAGGCUCAGAAGAAUGCCAGGAGGCAGAUCAGGGAGUGUGAGAGACUCCAGGAGAAGCACCAAAAUAAGAUGGCCCGAACCUACAGAAAGGAGGAGUCUGGUUCUCUUUCUUCCUCCAAGGGCACUUUUUCCAGCUCAUCCCUUUCAAAUGCUUCUGCUUCCAGCACAUUUGGGUCAUUGUCUAAGGGCAUUAAAGACACCUUCAAGUUAAAGUUCAAGAAGAAUAAAGAUACAGCAGAGCAGGUAGGGAAGGAGUACAGAAAUGGGCAGAGGAAUGUGAUGGAAGUGUUCAGGGAGGAGGAAGAAGACACCUUCUCAGAGGACUUCAAGGAGAAGCUUCAGUUCUCAGCAGAGGACAGCUGUGUGCAGCAGGAAUCCAUUCUCAGCCGUCCAGGUCUAGGAAAUAUUGUUUUUAGAAGGAACAGAUUAUUGAGCCCUGAAGAAAUCUUGGACAAGAAGAGGGAGUUGGGAUUUAAAGUAUCCAGUGAACUGCUCCAAGGAGCAGUGGAGGCUGACGAAGCGGAGGCUGAUGAAGAGGGAGAGGAAAACAGCUUGGAAGAUGAAUUGCCUUGGGAUGAGGAUGUAGUGGAGUGGGAGGAAGACGUGCUGGAUGCUACACCCCUGGAAGUAUUCUUGCAGUCCCACCACCUGCAAAACCUCCUUCCCUUUUUUAUGAGAGAGCAGAUUGAUCUAGAAGCUCUGCUGCUUUGCUCUGAUGAGGACCUUCAGAGCAUACAAAUGCAGCUGGGUCCCAGGAAGAAGGUUCUUAGUGCCAUCAACAGAAGGAAGCAGGUGCUCCAGCAGCCUGGACAGCUGGUCGACACCAGCCUGUGA